GCUGCUCAGUCCUCUCCCAAGAUUUAAAGCCGGCACGUUGGGCUCCCGAGGCCUUCGCUGGGAUGCAAGGCAGCAAGGCGACCUCCUCCGGUUUGGGAGUUUGAGGAGCAGGGCUGGGACUUGGAUCCAGCUGGCACCAGAGUAUUCUCUUCUCACUGGUAGAGGAGCUACACUUGAGACCUCCUCUGGAGUCUUCACUGCACCCUGCGUGUAGCAGUGCACCCUGCGUUUUCACUGCAUUCUGCGUGUGGCCUGCUGCACAGUAUGUGACGGUAGGUCUCCGCUGGCGUUUCUGACGGAGGCAGGCAGGACUGCAUGAGGCUGAUUGCCGAACUCAAGGAAGGACGCCGGUGUGGAGGAACCUGGAUGAGCCCGUGGCUACGCUCCACGCCGUGUUCCCCAACGUGUGAAUUAAGACACUCCUUUUCCCGUGUUAAUGAUCAGUCUGUAUUACCAUGGACAUCUGUUCAAAAGAACACCCAGCUCUGUGGUCUCAGAGAGGCAGGUGCCCCUGUAAAACUGGUCCUGAGUAAGAGGAGACCCGAACGGACUCCAGGAUGUUUGCUAGUAACCGGAGAGUCAAAAAAUGGCAGUUUGUUCAGAUAUUUGCCACUUGUUUUAUACUAAGCCUCAUGGUUUAUUGGAGCCCAUAUGCUAAUCCCGUCGUGAGCCACAUGAAGUCCUACUCAUACAGAUACCUCAUCAAUAGUUACGACUUUGUCACCAACUCCCUGUCUGUGAACCGCAGCUCGGAGGACGCCCGGGGCUUCCAGUACUUGAUUAACCACGAGGACAAGUGUCAGGGCCAGGACGUCCUCCUCUUGCUGUUUGUUAAGACAGCGCCCGAGAACUAUAAACGCCGCUCUGCGAUCAGGAAAACGUGGGGCAGUGAGGCGUAUGCUCGGUCUCAGUUGAAUGCCAACAUCAAAACUCUGUUUGCCCUGGGGACGCCCCCUAAUCCGCUGGAGAGAGACGAACUGCAAAGAAAACUGAUUUGGGAAGAUAAACUAUACAAUGAUCUCAUCCAGCAAGACUUUGCCGAUUCCUUCUACAACCUGACUGUGAAGUUACUUCUGCAGUUCAGCUGGGCAAACACAUUCUGUCCGCAGGCCAGAUUCUUUAUGACUGCUGAUGAUGACAUAUUUAUCCACAUGCCAAAUCUGGUUGAGUACCUUCAAGGGUUAGCCCAAAUUGGCGUCCAAGACUUUUGGAUUGGUCGUGUCCAUCGAGGUGCCCCUCCCAUCCGAGACAAAAGGAGCAAAUACUAUGUCUCCUAUGAAAUGUACCAGUGGCCGGCCUACCCUGACUACACGGCUGGUGCGGCCUAUGUGAUCUCCAGGGACGUGGCCGCCAGAGUCUAUGAGGCUUCGCUGACCCUCAACUCGAGUCUGUAUAUAGAUGACGUGUUCAUGGGCCUCUGUGCCAAUAAAGUGGGGAUCGCACCCCAAUACCAUGUGUUCUUUUCUGGGGAAGGGAAAACUCCCUAUCACCCGUGCAUAUAUGAUAAAAUGAUGACGUCUCACGGACACGUACAAGACCUCCAGACCCUUUGGAAGGACGCUACAGAUCCUAAAGUCAAGACGAUUUCAAAGGGUUUCUUUGGUGAACUAUACUGUCGAGUCAUUAAGAUCGCUCUCCUUUGCAAACUGCGAUAUACAAACACUUACCCUUGCAGUGCUGCAUUCGUCUAACGGUACUUGAACGUGGUCUGUUUUCACUGUCACUGAGCCAAACCCGCUGGGAACACUUGGAAAUGUGUGUCUGUGCCUGAAGUAAGAUGCCUAUGGAAGACAACGAAAUAUUUUGAAAGCCUUGUCGCUCAGAAUGUUUCUUUGAUUCGAGAAGCCAGUCCAUGUAACUUUCUUACUUUGUGGCCUAGAUUCAUUCCAAGGAGGUUGUAUUUUGAAAAGGUUUAUAUUUUUCAUGAAAAGCAACAAUAAAGUGACGUUCCGGUCCUCA